UGCUAAAGAACUACGCUCCCUGAGACACAGAACCCAGGGCAGCACAAGUUAAAUGUUAUCCGGGGUCAACCCGGUGACCCGGAAGGGACUUUGUUGCGAAUGAGCGACGGGUUUUCAUUCAUCAAGUGGAAAACGCUUUGGGUAAUUUAUCAAAACAAGAACAUUAAUCGAGGCUGAAUUGGAUAUCACAGCCGAAAUGUUUUACCAUAUUUCUUUGGAGCAUGAAAUCUUACUGCACCCGAGGUAUUUUGGUCCUAACCUCCUCAACACCGUGAAGCAGAAGCUUUUCACAGAAGUGGAGGGUACCUGCACUGGCAAGUAUGGCUUUGUCAUUGCAGUCACCACCAUUGACAACAUCGGGGCAGGUGUAAUCCAGCCAGGCAGAGGGUUUGUCCUGUACCCAGUCAAAUACAAGGCCAUUGUGUUCCGCCCAUUUAAAGGGGAAGUGGUGGAUGCUGUGGUCACUCAGGUUAACAAGGUUGGAUUGUUCACCGAAAUUGGACCCAUGUCUUGCUUCAUCUCCCGCCAUUCCAUCCCCUCCGAAAUGGAGUUUGACCCCAAUUCUAAUCCACCUUGUUAUAAGACAGUUGAUGAGGACAUUGUAAUCCAGCAGGAUGAUGAGAUCCGGCUAAAGAUUGUGGGAACAAGAGUGGACAAGAAUGACAUUUUUGCUAUUGGAUCUCUCAUGGAUGAUUAUCUGGGUCUUGUGAGCUGAUUCGCCCCAGAGGGUGCACAUUACAUGGGACAUUUUAUGUAGUAGCCUAUUUCUUUCUUUGUUUAAAUGAAUAUUUUUCUACACUGAUUGAUGUGGUUUGAUGACAGAUGGUGAAGCUACUUUGCUACUUCACUUAUUUGUUUUAUGCUGUACAGCCUAUAUUUGUAGGUUUUUUUUAUUGUAAGUGGUAAAAGAUUCAAAGAAAAUGUAACCAGCUAUACAGAAAUAAUUUGUAUGCUUAAUUUUCAGUUGGUUUUUUUUCACAUAGAAUUCAUAAUUUCCAUUUCUGCUAUGUAUUGUUUGUCUGUGGACUGUAAUAAAGUGUUUUAUUUGUUCUUUUA